GUGUUUCCUCUAUUAAUCUUUAACCUGUUUAUCAUUUCCCGGUAAAUUGUGCUUAAAAUUAAACUAUUUUGUUGUGUCAGUAUUUGUCAGUCUUUAUAUUUUAUAAUCAAAAUUAUAAUAUUUAAAAAUAAUAAUAAAUUAUGGAAGAACAAUUACCCUAUAUGGCAGAAUAUGCGAAGACCGGGCGAUCAAGUUGUAAAGGUUGUAAAACACCGAUUGAUAAGGAUACACUUCGAUUAGCAGUAAUGGUUCAAUCUCCACAUUUUGAUGGUCGGGUCCCAAAUUGGUAUCAUAUGAAAUGUUUUUUUCAAAAACAACGUCCUAAAGCUUUGGGAGAUUUUGAAAAGGUGUUGAAUUUACGAAUUGAAGAUCAAAAUAAACUUAAGGAAUUUGUAGAUCAAGUUUCCAGUGGGGUUGUAUUAGCAACAGCCAAAGGAGCGAAAGGGAAAAAGCGACCUGCAAAAGGAGAAGAAAAUUUAGCUCUCAAAGAUUUUGUAUUGGAUUAUUCUAAAUCAAAUCGUUCGACGUGUCGUGGAUGUGAAUUGAAAAUAAUGAAAAAUGAAAUUCGAAUUUCUAAAAAAGAUUUCGAAACAGAUGUUGGCAAAAGAUAUGGUGGUCAAGAUAUGUGGCAUCAUUUAGAAUGUUUUGCUAAAUUGAGAUCCAGUUUAUUAUUCUUUGCAAGUGGAGAUUGUUUACCAGGUUUCCCAAUGUUAAACGCUGAAGAUAAAAAACUUGUACGAGAAAAAUUACCUGCUAUUAGUGAAAGUGAUCUACCACCAGAAGCCAAAAAAAUAAAAGGUGAACCUAAGGAUGAGGUUGAUAAAGCCGAAGAAGCCAAGGAAGAUAAGAAGUACACAAAACAAAUGAAAAUGUAUUAUAAAUAUCGUGAUGCUCUCAAAGCAUUUCCUAAAUCAGACGUACAUAAUUUACUGAAAAGCAACAACCAACAGCCACUUGAAGGUGUUAGCGAGAAUUUGGAUUUAUUAGCGGAUGUGGUUACGUUUGGUGCACUAUUACCGUGUACAGUGUGCAAAACAGGACAAUUCUCAUUUCAAAAUAAUGUUUACAAUUGUACUGGUAAUAUUACUGAGUGGUCAAAAUGUACACAUACAGAGUCUAAACCAAAACGUAAAGCUUUUAAAGUGCCUAGUGCAUAUGCGGAUAGUCCGAUAUUUAAAAAUUAUAAGGCUACUACAUCUGAUCGAAUCGUUAAACAAUUAAUUAAAACCGUAACUGUAAAGAAAGAAGAACCUAGUGAAACCGAUGGGCCUAAAAUUAAAAGAGAGAAACCACCCCUAUAUAAUAUGGAAUUUUUUAUUCACAAAACGAAGGCAGCUUCAAAUAGUAUUGAAAAGAAAAUUAUACGUUUAGGUGGUCGAAUUGGUAAAAAAUUACAUCAAAAUACGAUGGCAGUGAUUUCCACACCUGAAGCAUUGGAAAAAUCAGAGAGUACUAGUGAAAAAGCUCGAAAGUAUGACGUUCAAGUUGUUCCUGAAUCUUUUUUGGAAGAUAUUGCAAAAGGAGGAAAUUAUUCGGAUGUUAUAAAAGCAACUAGUUUAUGUGAAUGGGGUUCUGAGCCAGCAACUCGUUUGAUUCCUGAAACCAAAAGUAUAAGUAAAAGUGGUAAAAGUGCAUAUAAAAAGUCUGUAUCUGGACCUGUUAAAUUAAAAGUGAAAGGUGGUGGAGCUGUUGAUCCCGAUUCUGGACUAGAAGAUGUGGCUCAUGUAUAUCAAAAGGGUGAUGAUAAGUAUAAUGUAGUUUUAGGGAGAACUGAUAUUCAAACUAAUAAAAAUAGUUAUUACAAGUUGCAAAUAUUGCAAGCGGAUAAGGGACAAAAGUUUUGGUUAUUUAGAUCUUGGGGUCGUAUUGGUACAACCAUUGGUGGUACUAAACUUGAAGAUACGGAUGGAUUAAACCAUGCAAUUAGUAUGUUUAAAGAGUUAUAUUUGGAUAAAACGGGAAAUCAUUGGGAUGAAAGAGCUAAUUUUGUUAAAAGGCCUGGUCUUAGUUAUCCAAUUGAUUUGGAUUACGGUGAAGAAAGUGAUCAAGUAAAAGGUUUAACGAAAGAUGAUAUUUCAUCCAAUUCAAAAUUAGCGAAACCAAUUCAAGAUCUUGUACAAAUGAUUUUUGAUAUUGAAGCUAUGAAAAAAACUAUGUUAGAAUUUGAACUUGAUUUGGAAAAGAUGCCACUUGGAAAAUUGAGUAAAAAACAAAUUGAAGCCGCUUUCGGUGUACUAAAUGAGUUAAAAGAAGUGAUAACAAAAUCAAAUGCCAAACCACAAAUUAUCGAUUUAUGUAAUCGAUUUUAUACAAUGAUUCCACACGAUUUUGGUAUAGAUAAUCCUCCGUUAAUUGAAACUGAAGAAGCCAUUAAAACGAAAUUGGAAAUGUUAGAUAAUUUACUUGAAUUAGAGGUUGCGUACGGGUUAAUGCAAUCUACUCAUGUGGAAGGUUCUGAAUCACCUUUGGAUGCUCAUUAUGCUCAAUUAAAAACUGAUAUCGAAAUAUUGGAUAAAACAACCGACGAAUUUGAAAUAAUCAAAAAAUAUGUGAAGAAUACACAUGCAAAAACUCACCAACAGUAUGAUCUUGAAAUAGAGGAGGUAUUUAAAAUUAAACGACAAAAUGAAGACAAACGUUAUAAACCAUUUAAAAAAUUACCAAAUCGUAAACUAUUGUGGCAUGGUUCACGUCUUACAAAUUAUGCUGGAAUUUUAUCUCAAGGUUUACGUAUUGCACCCCCAGAAGCACCAGUUACCGGUUAUAUGUUUGGUAAAGGUAUUUAUUUUGCUGAUAUGGUUUCAAAAUCAGCAAAUUAUUGUUGUACAAAUAAGAGGAGUCCAACUGGGUUGAUGUUGUUGUGUGAGGUUGCUUUGGGUAAUAUGUAUGAACGACAUGAAUCCGAUUACAUAGAAAAAUUACCUAAAGGUAAGCAUAGUUGUAAAGGAGUGGGGCGUACUCAACCUAAUCCAGAAGAUAAAGCAGUAUUGCCGGAUGGUGUAGAAGUUCCUUAUGGGGAAGGAGUAACCGAUUCCAAAUUAAAAUCAGAUUUGUUGUAUAACGAAUACAUUGUGUAUGAUAUCGCACAAGUUAAUUGCAAAUAUUUGCUGAAAAUGAAAUUCAAUUAUAAGUAUUAAUUGAUAAAUGUACCUUAUUAAGUUCUUAAGGUUUUUUGUUAUGUAUACAUAACAUUGAUCAUCACAAAAUAGCGUAGAAUUCGUUUAAGAAUUUAAAACAAUAACGCUAAAAGAUUACUUCAUUAUUUUUUUAUAUACUAUUGUUUUUUUAAUUAUUAAGAAUUAUGUUUUUCUCCAAAUCAAAUGAACACAUCGUAUGGUGGUGAACUAAUUCGAUAAAUUUUAUCUUAUUUGCUUAAUGCCUAUAUUGAAAAAUUCAAAUAACUUUAAAUUGAAAAGAUCGUUAUUAAUGUUACUGGCGGUAUUCAUAAUGUCAUUCGUUGAAAGUUUGAUCACUGGUAAAUGAUAAACAUAAACACAUUUUUAUGACAUAUUAAAACUAUUGUUUAUAAACUUUAAAGAAACGUAAAAAUUAUACUUACGUUUGAAAAUAAUUAAUUGUUGAUUGCAUAGAUCAAGAACACAAUCUUUUUUCGUAAACCGACUAUUUAUAAAUAUAAUAUUAAAUAUUUUUCGGUAACUUCCAUAAAUUGAAAAAAAAAAAAAGAUUCUUAUUAACUUACCUUAUCAUAGUAUCUUCGUUUCAGAAC